CUAGUCUUGUGACUCUGUUUUAAGCUUGGACUAACUUGUUGGUAGCGGCUUAGAUAGCAUAGCCAAUGUAGCAUAAGGUUAGGUGUUUGCAUAGGUUGUUAUUGUUUACCCGUAGCUAGUCGUCGAUAGUUUGAUAACGUUAGCUAUUACUUUUGCAAGCUCGCUUAUCGCACACGACAGUUAAGGUUUGCUGAAGCAGUACAAUACAUAUUUAUCUGUAGAUUUUGUAAACUACAAGGUAAGGAUCUUAACCACUUGUCGCUAGCUAACACCAGUUGCUGUAAGUACUGUUAUAGAAAAUAAAUGAACGCAAAAAAAUGUGUUGCCUGGAAGUUGAACUGGUAAUCUUAAAUCAAAAAAGAUUCAAAUGUGGAGAGGGCAUACAAGAUAACCACAUGACUAAAUUGGACAACAUCUGUCUUCCCAAGCUUUCCUAAUAUGUGCCUGUUUAUCAACAUUCCAACCUAGAUUUAAUCCUUAACACAGCAGAGAAACUGCUUUUGUUAACCAAUUACUUCCUUUGUGUAGCUGAUGCUUGACGACUUUCCAUAGGCUACUCAUCCUACAGGACCUCAGUGCAGCCUUUGACACCAUUUUUCAUUGGCUUUUGCUAUGUCUACCAACAUUGGAGUCUGUGGCAGUGUACAUCAGUGGUUCACAUGCUACCUUGAUGACGGGACACAGUCAGAGCGCUCAGCUGUCACCGAGGGGGUUCCCCGAGGCUCCGUUUUGGGGCUUCUACUUUUUAUCAUCUAUCUCCUCCUACUCUGCAACGUCUUUUUGUGAAGUCAUGGUGUUCACAUUCACCGUUAUGUUGACAACACUCAGCUCUACAUGUCUACGUAGCUCAGUGCUUCUCUUCCUCCCAGCACGAUUACGGCUUGUCUUGAUGACAUCAACUUGUGAAUGACCGAAGAUUACUUGAAACUAUACAGCAAUAAGACUGCUACUUGUUUUUUAGCUGUUGUGAAGAUGAACAUGUUCACCCUCUCCAUAUAUGGCUGCACCGUACCCUUCUCCGCUCAGGUUAAGAGCCUUGGUGUCAUCAAACCUAUUCACCCACUUCAACUUACCCAGAGCUCUGCAGUAUAGAUUAUUGCAUGUUCAAAGUCCACAGAACAUGUCACACUCCUGCUGAUUCAAUUACACUGGCUUCCUGUGUCACAACGGAUGAACUUUAAAAUAUUAUUAUGAACAUUUAAAGCACAUCAUCAUCUUUUCUCUGCUUAUCUCGCAGACCUCUGUCAAACUUACGCUCCCUCCCCUCCUUGUGGUCAUAAUCAGCAGGUCUACUGGCACUACCAGCCAUCAACCUUAGUACAAUGGGUGCCAGGGCCUUCUCCUAUACUGGAACCAAACUUUGAAAGAGAAGAGAAGAGAUUGAUUACAGGCACUGAAUGGUUUGCUUAGUCAGAGCCUGGAAGAAGAGACAUACAAUUUGGACCAAAAAAGAUCUAAAAAUAGGGCCCAGCUUAAAAAAUCCCAAUGAAAGACACUCAAGGCGCCAUUAACUAAAAUGUAUUAACAUUAUUAUUAUUGUAGUUAAGAAGAUAAAUGGUAACCCUAGUCUUGUGUGUGAUUAACAUAGUAAUGUUCAUUUUAGUUUGGGUUGUGUUGAAUUGAAACUUUUGUUCUGUUUUUGUAGAUCUUGCAGGAAAUGGCAGAGGAAAGCACUCAGUUUUGCGGGAACUGCAAACAUGACAUACCAGAAGCUAACUUUACCACUCAUGAGAUGCACUGUCGCAGAAAUAUUGCCCUUUGUGACGUGUGCCAGGAGCCUGUCCCACGGGCCGAUCUGCAGCAGCACAGAGAUCAGGAGCAUGCACAGGUGCAGUGCAAGUGUGGGUUGAAGGUGGAGAAAAGGCAAAUGGAGUCCCACCAGAUUUCAGAGUGCCCCCUGCGCCUGGUACCAUGUCAGUACUGCAACCUAGAGUUGGCCUUCACCCAGGCUAGGGAUCACGAGGACUACUGCGGCACCCGCACUGAGCCAUGCCCAGUCUGCAAGUGCAACGUGAUGCUGCGGGAGCAGGACAUCCACCCGGCCUUGUGCGGGAGCCUCACCCCUCCCCAGGAGAGGAGCAGCUCCAGCUGGGCCGAGCCCCAGUCCCCAGGUGCCUGGUUUGAGGCCCACUCCAUCCACAACCUACUGAGGGCCCAGGAGCGCCUCCACAACAACAACAACGCCGGAGCGACGGACUGCAGAGCACCACCUCGACCUAUAGAGGGCAGACUGCACAACAGCACCCGCGGAACAGUAGGGACGAGGGGCAGGAGGAACACUGCGCCCAGGAACAACGACUUCAGCCGCUUGCUGGAACAGGAUGCAGAGUUUGGGAACAACAACAACAACAGUCUGCUGUGGCCUCCGGGCCAAUUUCCUGUUGAUGACACCUCCAGCCUGGACUACCUGCUGGCCCUUAGUCUGGAGGACAUGGACGGCCAGGAGGGCGUGUGGACAGACGUUUGGGACCACCAGUUCGGAAGGACACCUGUCCAUAGCAGCCUCCAGUCACAGCUCUCUCCUGCUAACAACAACUUCUGUAACAUCACCCCACCCACAGCAAGCCACAGUCCAUCAGAGAUUAUGCUACCCUGUGAGUUCUGUGAAGAGUUGUUUCCAGAGGAGGACCUAAUUUUACACCAGACUGGUUGCAGCCCUGCUUCAGCCAUCGCUUCUUUCAGCAAGCAACCCCUGUGUCUCCCUUAUGAAAACAGCACAAGCCAGGGUGUUGGCAGUUUGUUGAACAUGCCUGAAUGCCCACCGAGUCCACCCACCCUCCCUCGCUCUGUGUCUCCGCUCUAUUGCAGUCCACCCUCCAGUCCCUUAGAGGGCGAUGUACUCAUUCCCUGUGAGUUCUGUGGCGUCACACUGGAGGAAAAUGUUGUCUUUCACCACCAGGAUAAAUGUGACUUCCGGCCACAAAUUGCUUAUCCAGUGGACAAAGUGUCUGCACAGAAGCCUCUGUUUCCACCCAGAGAAGCUACUAGGAGCUCUCCUGACCGCCAGAGGAGGCUACGACACCAAGCAGACCCUGAGGAGGACCUGCUGAGCCAGGCAUCGCUGGGGUGGUCAAGAUCAGGGGCGUCACCCAGGGAGUCCUGGAAAGUCUCUUCCCACGUUGGCCUGCACUCCCAUGGAAAGAACACUAACUCAGACCUGCAGGGGAAGAAUGUGCUCCAUCGCGGAGGAGGUGAUGGCCACGGAGGUUCACCUGCAAACUUCAGCCCCACAGUCAGCCCUUCAGCAGCCCCUGGCCAUCCAUUCAGAGGAAGGCCAGAAGGACGCAGAAGCCAGCGAAACACAGGGGCUGCUAAGGUAUCAAAGAAACAGAAUGUGGAGAAGGAAGAGUCUUGAGAAGGAAGACAACAACAUCAUCAUUUGCUCUUUGCACCGACUGCAAGAGUCUAAACUUAAUUGUGUGUUUGUUUGUCUUAAAGGGAACAACAGCGAUUUUUACAAAAUUACACAAUUUGUUGCUUGUUCAGAAAUGUAGUAAUGUAUCAAGAGCAUUUCAGAAUACGUUGGACCACUCUGAAGUAUGGUAUGUAUGUGUAUUAAAGUUGCGUAUAUAAAAUGCAGGUCUUGCCUAUUUAAGAAUGGUCCAGAUUAACCUUACAUGCUAUUUAGGCAUUUUGUUUGUUUCUGAAGCUGCAACUCAUUGUGACAUUUUAGAAAAUCGUUUGCACUCUCCUUUUAAAGAAUGUAAUACUUCUGUGGCUUCUGACCAAUGUACUGCCUUUCUUGCACUGCAUUUGUGUCUAUUAUUCCUAAUUUUAAAUAAUGUAUAUCUUAUAGCCUUUUUAUACUUUCUCCUUUUUAAAAGUGAAUUCUUUGUUCGACAAAAAUAUGGAAGGAUAACUUAAGUUUUAUAUUAUAAAAUAUGUAUGUGUUUAAAUACAAAUGUGGUGUUCUCUGGAUCAUAGCCUAUAUGGGGGUUCAUAUUGGUUGGGUUGAUAAUUAUGUCUUGACAUCAAAAAAUCUCUCUCUCCCUCUGUCAGUUUGAUUUUGAGAUUUGUUAAACCAGUUUCUUUACUUUGGAAAGUUUGCUAUGCACAUCUUGGGAGAGAAAGAUCUGCUGGUUACGGCAGUGAAAGAAACUUUGAUAACUCUGCCUGUUUACGCUGUCCCCCAAAGAACAGGGUCCAAAGCAUAUUUGUGAUUUGACCAGAAAUCCUCAUGCAUAACAUAAUGCUCUCCUCCUCUGUGGAAAGAAUAUAAUCUGAAUAAAGGACUCUAAUGAACCCA